UGCGGACACCUCGGCGCGGGGUCAUGCGGGCGGUGGGCGCAGCCGGGCGGGGGGACGAGGGCGCUGCAGUCGGGGCUGUGUCGCCCCUCACCUGUCGCUGCCUCUCUUUGCUGGUCGCGGCCACGCUCCGCCUGGCCCUGCUGGUCCCAUGGGCGGCCGGGCUGAACUUCACGUACCACCACCAGCCGGAGAUGGAAACCUUCCUGCGGGGUGUGCAGGCGCAGCACCCCGGCAUCGCGCACCUGCACAGCGUGGGGCGCUCCGUGCAAGGUAGAAACCUGUGGGUUCUUGUUCUGGGAAGGUGUCCAACCAAACAUAGGAUUGGCAUACCAGAGUUCAAGUAUAUUGCUAAUAUGCAUGGGGAUGAGACAGUUGGGAGGGAAUUGCUGCUUCAUUUAAUACAAUUCCUGGUAGACAAGGAUCAGCAAGACCCAGUCAUCACAAAACUACUCGAUAACACCCGGAUUCAUAUCAUGCCAUCAAUGAAUCCAGAUGGAUUUGAAGCUACAAAAAUACCUAAUUGUUAUUUCUCAAAAGGAAGAUACAAUAUGAAUGAUGAAGAUCUGAACAGGAAUUUCCCUGAUGUCUUCAAAAGUAACUGGGUCCAAACUCAACCAGAGACUGAAGCAGUGAUGAAAUGGAUACAAAAUGAAACAUUUGUUCUUUCAGCUAACUUGCAUGGUGGGGCACUUGUUGGCAGUUACCCAUUUGAUAACGGUUACUCAGAUAUGGUAACUACAAAGCGUUAUAGUGCAACCAAAGAUGAUGAUGUUUUCAGAUACCUUGCAAAAUCCUAUGCUUCCCACCAUGCCACCAUGUCCAGAGGGAUUUCAUGUGGUACUUCAAAUGUGGAAAGCUUUCCAGGUGGUAUUACAAAUGGAUAUGCAUGGUAUCCAUUGGAAGGUGGAAUGCAGGAUUAUAACUAUGUCUGGGGACAGUGUUUUGAAAUUACAUUGGAGCUGUCAUGCUGUAAAUAUCCACCAGAAGGAAAACUGAAGCAGUUCUGGAAUGACAAUAGGGCUUCUUUGAUUGAAUACAUUAAACAAGUUCAUCUGGGUGUUAAAGGUCAAGUUUUCGAUGGGUCUGGAAAACCCAUACCAAAUGCAAUCGUGGAAGCUGAAGGAAGGCAACAUGUGUGUCCUUACAAAACCAACAAAUAUGGAGAAUAUUAUCUUCUUCUCCUGCCUGGAAAAUAUAGAAUUAAUGCUACAGUACCAGGAGUUCCAUCGAAACUGAAGCAACUGGAAGUACCAGACGGGACUGCUAACUUAAGUGCUUUCAAACUUGACUUCACUUUCCUGGAUUUCUUUCAGACACCAAAGGAGCUUUCGUGCCCUACAGAACCUCUUUAUCAGAUCAGUUCUUCAAUAGCUUUCAGACCUACUCUGCUGCUCUUGCCUUUAACAACCCUUUUACGUGCAGUUUUUGAAUAAAGCCAAGAAAGAAUAAAGGAAGAAGUGAGGGCGUGAAGCUUUGCAGAUUAACAUACAAGUGCGUUUUUAAAGCAAAGAAUUGUAUUUGCAAAAGAAUGUAUAUUGUACAAUUGAAUUCCUCAGAUUUUUAAUCAAGUUUACUAUAUUUUUAUAAAAUAUUGGCAGGACAAUCCAAAUAGUUUUGGUAACUUGGUUAUACCAGACUGUACUAUUUUUAUAUUUUUUUUAAUCAGAACUAAUUAUUGUGUAGUUUAUACAACAUAGACUUUACAGAAUGUGAGUACAGAAACUGGGAACUUACUUGUUAAAACUUUUGUACAGUUUGAUAUACAGACAGUACAAAAAGAAAUGAAUUGUAAGUAUUUUUACAUAUACCUCACACAUACUGACUGUGAAACAGUAAUGUGUGCCUGAAAAAUAUUAGUAGGCCCAGCUCUGGUCUUGCACCAGUAAAAAAAAUCAGUGCUAAGUUCACUGAAGUCAUGGGGAGUUACAUGAAUAAAAGAUCUAAAUCAGACGCAGGGGGCAGGUUUACAUCCCUCACUAUAGCAAAGUUACAACUGCGCUGUGAUUUAGUACUUCCUUCUGGAAGUAUUAAAUCACCUCACAGUAACAGCCCGUACUGAGCUGUAUGUGCGGCACAUGCUUAUUUAGCAGCUGUUUAAUUAUAAUGAUGCACUACUGGGGGACUGCAUCGCUAUGACUAAGUAGCUGCUGGUCCUGUGUAGACGCACCCGAGUCUCUAAGGAGACUAUUAUAUACACACACAGACAGGACUGGUUACAGCUUUAAAUUUAAAGAAAAGGGAUAAAUAGCAGAAAGGUGAGUUUUAUGGAGAACGUGUGUAGAGCAAGUGGGAAAGAAACUUGCAAGCCCUUUCUUUAGCCCCCUUUAUUUCAGCACCCUUUCUUAAUCUACCUGCACUGAUAAAGGACACUACAUGUUCAGAAGGAUCUGAGUAUUGUUCCACAUUCUGUUUUUACCAGUUUUUUUUACUGAUAAACUCCCUGAUUUUUUUUUUUUAAGUCAUUAAGGUUUUACCGAUUUAUACCUGUUUUUCAGUUCAAAUCCCUGUUAACUGGCACAAGUGGGAAAUAGCCCAUUCCCCACCUGUGCGGGUUAACAAGGAUUUGAACUGGAAAACAGGUGGUACUGGUAAGCUGAAAGUGCUGCUGUGCCUGUUACUUGAGGCACAGGUUUCUGGCUGGAUGUUGGGGGGGAGGAGGGCGGUGGCUGCAUGCGGAGCAGGGGCAGAGGGCUGGCGGUGGCUGGGGGAGGGUGGCUGGAGGCAUGGGGCUCUUGGUUCUGACCCCAGGUGGAGCGGGCUAGCCCGUGGGAAUCUCUCCCAGGGCAGGAGGGUCCAAGCUGCAUGCUGGUGGCUCUGGCUUCAGCCCUGCCCUGGGCGCUGGGAGCUGCAGGCCCUCCCAGGGUGGGGCAGACAGGAGGGGAGAGGCACGAAAGCAGCCAGGGAAGAAAGGCAGGGUGCGACACCAUGUGCUUCUUGCCACUGAUCCAGCGGCAUGGGCCUCCUGAGAAGAGCCCGGCAUAGCCCCUUAAGCCACAGCCCUCCCAGGGGAUGUAUAGCAGCCUCGACCCUGCACCCACCUACAGCUCCCCCCGCUUUGCUCCCUGCUGCAGCCCCAGGAAUGGCUGAUGGGCUGGGCUGGGUCCCUCCCCCCACCCCUUCCCUAGUCCCAGCCUUACCCCCCCCCCCCCCCCCGCUAAUUUUUCCCCAAUUUAAUUUUUUUUUUUUUUUUUUUUUUUUUUUUUUACUUCUUUUUAUCCUGAUGUCAAGCAGGUUUUUGUUUUUAAGAUAAAUUAGGGAAUUUUUCAGGGUUUUUUGUUUUUUUUUUUAAUAAAAACUGAGACUGUGGAACACUAUGACCAUGCAAUACCAUGGACUUUAAUUUUUAUUCUUCUGUGGGAAGGAGGUCACUACAGUUCUAUAAAGUUGAUUUAGUUAACUGAAUUGGCUAACUUUAUCUUGCCAAUUUUGUACAUUGAUAUUAGUACUUACAUCAAACUUCAAGUUGAGCAAUUAGUUUAGCUGUCUUUUUCUUACAUUACUUCCAACCAUGUUUCACAACCUUACUGCUAUUAACACAGUUGUCUAGUUGGCUCUUUUUCUGAUUGUACUUUAGAGCAUAGAAGUCUACUGUUAUCUCAUUAUAUAAAAUGGAGUGUCACAGGUAUGAAUUAUAACAGGGCCUUUGACAAGUUUCUUAUGAAAUAUACACUAUUUACCACACUGUUCACUAGCAGUGUCAUUGUAUUUGGGAUUGCCUGUGCAAUUAAUGUGUGUUCACAGCAAACCAAGACCUGUAGCAUUAAUUAUUUAUGUACCUAUUUUCUGGUAGUCUGCUUCACAUAAUCUUACUUUAGGCCAAAUAAACUCCAAACCAAAGGCUGAA